GUUAGGCGAAUGUGAAUUGGAAAAAAACACAAAAAGAAGAAUGAUUGUUCUCAAGCCCAGCAAAUUUCUGACACAGUUCAUCAACUAGGCGUUGAAAAGAUCUUGUACCAACGAGAAUACUGUAGAGAAGAGAGAGAGAGCGAAGGAGAUCGGGUGGAGUUUGGAUGAUAUCAGAGUUGUCCGUAGAUGCAAUAGGAUUAAAGAUUCAACGUUUAGUCCACUUGGAAGGAGUACACCACUGAGAAUCUUAAAGAUUCAACAUUUAGGGUGCUGAAAGACAAAAAACCUCAGCUUUUGCUCUAUGGAGCCUCGAGAUAAUCAAGCCGAGGCUUCAUAUACAUUUGGUGAUCGAUCAAGCAGUGACAUAGUUGUUAGACUAAGAAAUGAAGAAGGUCGUGAUGAUUGGAUCUAUUGCCAUUCCAAGAUCCUUAGUGAGAAAAGCCAGUAUUUUGCUGACCGUCUCUCUGAUAAAUGGCCCACUUGCAAGAUUCUUGAUUCACGUUACUGUGUUGAGGUCAUCUGUCAAGAAUCAGACUAUGAUCAUCAUAUCAAUCUCUUAAGACUUCUCUAUGUUGUCUCUGAUGAUGUCCAUGAGGAUAACUUGUGUCAUAAUGUGAAAAGUGCGUUGGGGAUUCUCUCUGUCGCUAAAGAACUUAGUUGCCCUCAGAUUGUCACUGCUUGUGUCAACUACUUGGAAGCUGUUCCAUGGGAAGAAGGCGAAGAGGAAGAGAUUCUGCGGAUUGUACCGAGGAUUGGAUCAGAAGCAGAGCCGAUUCUUGCCCGUCUCCAACCAGUUGAUCAGUCCGCUGUUCUUGAAAUCUUUGUAUCGGCUUUUAGGUUUGCUACUUCGUCCCCGCCUUUGCUCUUGGGUGACAUAAAAUCCUCUGCUCAAGAACAGAUUGAGUAUAUGAUAACUGAAGAUGACGAUGCACCGUUGUUGAUUGCUGAUGAAGAAGUCAAGCUUGAAGUAAAACAAUGUGUAAAGAGCCUGUUUGUUAGAUUCUUCCAGUGCCUAGAAGAAAUCACUUUGAAACCCGUCGAGUCUGAGGUAAUCAACAAAAAGGGGUCUUUUAGGAUGGUCCUUUCAGAUAUGUGUUGGGUUUUUCAGAUAUUAACGAAGAUGGAAGUUGUUAGAGAUUUUGUUAUAACAUGGGCUGACAUAUCUGAGAAGUUAGUUAAGGUAGUUGAGCAGUUGGAAACAACAGUUGUAGAGGCUGUUGAGAUAAGAGUCAAGGUCAUCGAGGUGACUGCAAAAGUCAUAGAAGCGAUUGGUUAUGGAACAGUGAUAUUACCAACAGCGAAACGGCUUCAGAUGGUAAAACUAUGGCUUCCUUUUGUAAGAAACACAAAGCCUCUUGUUGACUCACCGGUUAGAGAAGAUGAGGAGAAUGAUACUGUGAGAUAUAAAAUCGACGGAGAGAUAUGGCAAGCUUUAGAAUCUUCCUUUGUAUCGAUAAUUCUGGCAUUGCCAUCUGCAGACCAAGCUGAGAUAUUGACUGAAUGGUUAAGCAAGAAUGGGUUGUAUCCGGAUUUAACAGAAGCUUUCGAGGUUUGGUGUUACAGAUCGAAAGUCGCGAAGAGAAGAUUGGGUUUAGUCGGGGGUGAAGAGGAGAACGGCAUGUCUUAACUCAUUUGUUGAGCUCUGAAACCAGAGAGAAGAACCAUUCUGUUUUUUGUUUUGUUUGUGUGUGUAGGUGUCUUUUAACCCUUUUUGUGUGGUCUCUGCCAAAUCCUUCAUAUUAUCUAUUGGCAGUUUCCACAAAUAUGUAAAUACUGUUGACAAAGAUCUUGUCCUUCUUAAAUCACUAAGAGAUAUAUCCUACUAAAAGUAGAUCUGUAGAAUGUUGAUCACUUCUGGUUUCUCUGCUAUGAGAUCAAAGAACUCAGGUCCAAUAGAUCUUCAAUGAAUAACGCUCUUGAUGAUAGGCUAAAUAUGUUUGUUGUCCAUGCCAUUGUAAGUGAUAUCCAACAAGAAACAAGAAUUUGCUCAAAAAUUGACUUCCAUCUAUCUCUCUUGAUUGAUAAUAUACUUGUAUUGCAAAAUUCUGUACCUGCGCUUAUAUUAUUCAUUUCUUUAUUUAGUCAUUACACACUGUCUAACGAGUUAGAAUUUUAGACUGAAAAUAAAUGGUAGGGGCUGCGCGAACGCAAACCCCCGCUGCCACAAAUAAUGACGUAGGCUCUUCCUCUAGGGAAGACCUUAAGCAUAGCACCCUCCCGGUAUGUGCAAUGGGAGUCACUAGCCUAGGCCACUCGUCUUCUUGAUCGCGAGUUGACCCCGUCCAGGUAAGUGA